CUCGUUAAACAACUUUGUGGACGUCGGUUUCAAGGAGUAUUUCUGUUACCGUCCGAACGAUCAGACAUUACAACUUGCAGUUUGGUCGUUGAAAGAGAAACCGUAGCACGAGGGGCGGAGAAGGCGGUGGAGAAGGGCAGAGAGAAAGGAAUUUCGGUGGAAAAGGAAAGGAGGCAAAAUGGGAGAGAAUCAUCAUCAACUACAGCAAGAGCAGCAGCAGCAGCAACAGCAGCAGCAGCAGCAGCAGCAGCCGGUUCUUCGUUCGAUCAACAACGUGCACAGGUCGUUUGUUAAGUUUAUUAACAAGACGCUGCACAGUGUAAUUUUGUAUUGGAUCGACUAUCAAGGUCAGGCAGUCAGCUACGGUGUAUUGGCACCUGGUGAUUGCCGCGAUAUCGAUACGUUUGUCACUCAUCCGUGGAUCUUCGUAGACAAGGAGACCAGAGACAGGUAUACAGUGAAUCAGAAGGACGUAUUCUUUCCCGAGCCAUGGUUCGUCAGGUAUCGAGGGCUAAGGCGAAGCGAGUUGCCGCAAAGAUUCGAAAGAACGAACGUCUAUAUCAUCUUGCCUGUUUACACGCUUCGCGAGUUGUCUUUGAGAGCGAUCAAAAGGCGACUGACUUAUGAUCGUCAAGCGUUUCAACUGGACAUUCCGAGGAGUCUUCAGCACGAACUGGCGAUCAUGUUGCCGCGAAACGACGACGAAAACGAGGAAGAUGUAGACGAGAACGAGGACGAUCAUGGUAGUCGAAAUUCUUAGCGAUCGAUCCUGAGUCUUCUUGACCAUUCACCAGUAAGUCGAUCACACUCGAACGAUUCUAUUGAUAUUCUCCGGGGGAUCGGAUGUAUCGAGAAGUUCGCGAGAAAAGUGACGCUAAGGAAAUUUAUCUUUCUCUGCUUUUCCAUCUUCAAAGAGAUCCUUUCCAAUCGAAUUUUUCGGUUUUUCAUGAUGCAAUAUUCAGACUGCUAUCUACUCAACGCUUCUGAAUACACAUAGACGAGUUUAUUGAGCUUUUCUUAAUACUUUAUCCUAUAGAAACCUCAUAAUUCGUCAAAAGUCUCGCCAAGUAUUAUAAUUAUAAUCGUCUUAACGCAUCGUGGAUUAUGUUGCUUUUCUCUCGAAAAAUCGCGCGAUACGUGUACAUACAUACUUACCUGUAAAAUAUGUAUCUUAUCGUUUGAAUCUUUUCUCAAACUCGUCGAAAUUCUUGGAUAGUUUUUCAAUCCUUUUUUCGACAGCUUAAAGGCAAUAGUAAAUUGGGAAAGAAUUUUUGAAAAACGGGUCGAAACGUGCCAUCUUUAUCUCUCUUAUCGUUAAUUAGCAAUCGUUCGAAAGAAUACAGUACAUUUAUACACAAUUUUUAUCGAGCUUCUUAAUUAUUUUGAAACAUCAUUUAUUACUUAAUUUUAAUAUUCUGAUCAUAGCUAAUUAAAAAAUUUAUUUAAUUAGCAAUUGUUAUAUUAUCGAUUGUAGAUCAUCGAUGAAAUCGGUGUUGCAAUGAAAACAGAAUCAGUGGUAUUUUUUACACUUGAUAUUUUUGUAAUCAAUACAUACUCGCUCCGAUCGUUUAUAACAACUUAUACAGUGGCAAUCUCUUACUAGUUCGAUGUAAGUUAUUCCCAUUCCAAGUAUAUUAAUUUUAAAAUACUUUUAUUAAAGAGUGAACAUUCUUUUUUUGUUUUUUUUUUGUUUUUUUGUUUCUUUUGUUUUAUUAGAACUGUUAUGAAAAUUCGAAUAUUUGACAAUUAAAUAUUCUAUACGUUUAUCACCCAAAUUCCAAAUAUUUUACGCGUUUGUUCAUUUUAAAGAGACACAUUUAACAAACGAUAAAAUAAAGCAAUAAAGAUAUUUCAAACGA